CGAUCGCGUUUUGUUUGCUCGGACAUUAGAAAUAAUAUGCAGAGGUUCACUGUUAACUUUUCCCGUUUUUCCCCUAUUGUUAUCCGACGUCAUACGAAAGCUAAGUUUAUAUUAUUUCUAUUUUAAGUUCUUUUUUUCUUGUUUCGUUUUAUAUAAAUGGAGCAAGACAAUUCGCCUAUGCCACCUCCGUUACCUGAACGGCCGUUACAGGCUACACUCAUUGAAGAAGAAGAAACACCAGUACUACCACCUCGUCCGAUCGAAGAGAGUAGAAAUGUGCCAAGAAAAGCUCGUUCACAUGUUACUGCAGAUCUUGUUCCUGAUCUACACGGCAUUCUGACAAAGCAACGACUUUCUACUGAACUUGAUACGAGUAACACUGCGCGAAUAAGACAGGCUGUCACUGAAGCAGAACACAAGACGGUACCAGCUACAGCACCGACCAAAGCAGUAAGUAUGCCAGGAACAUUUCGAACGGGCUGGAAAGCGUUUUCUAUUUCUUCCAAUGUGAAACGAACCGACGUACUGGACGAAGUAUUACCCAACUUUCUUUAUGGACAAUGGUAUCAUAAUGCAAUAGCCCUCUUUGUCACUGCCGCGGGUUCAUUUAUACUAGCAAAAAUGAACGCGAGUAUCGGAACGGUUAUUCUGUUUUGCUUCUUUAUUGGUCAUUAUUUCCGUACGAGUAUGCGAAGGUUCAGACGGUAUGCGAGAGACGAUAUUCAACGAGAGGUGAUCAAGUUCAAGAUGGAGGCCGGUGUUGAAUCUGUAGAGUGGUUAAACAGCUUUAUGCAAAGGUUUUGGCUUAUUUUUGAACCUGUCUUGAGUGCCUUGGUUGUAGAAAACUUGGAUAAUUACAUUUCUGAUCUUUUGCCGCCUUUUUUGGAUUCAGUUCGAUUAUCGACAUUUACGUUGGGAACAAAGCCUUUUAGAAUUGAAAGUGUCAAGACGUAUCCUAAUACUGAUCCCGAGAUUGUGUGCAUGGAUUGGAAAGUAUCGUUUAUACCGAAUGACUUGAAUGAUUUGUCUUUAAAGGAGCUGGAUAGAAAGGUGAAUCCAAAGAUAACCAUGAAUGUUAGGUUUGGUAAAGGUCGUAUUGGUGCUGGAUUUCCUGUACUGAUCGAGGAUAUGUCAUUUCAUGGCCAUUUACGUGUUAAAAUCAAGUUUAUGAGCAAAUUUCCUUUUGCAAAAUUGGUUGAUAUGAGCUUUUUGGAAAAACCACAGUUUGAUUAUGUCUUGAAGCCAUUAGGAACGGAUUCAUUUGGAUUUGAUGUGAAUUUGAUUCCUGGGUUACAAAGCUUUAUUAAAGAUCAACUUCAUGCUAUUUUGGGCCCUCUCAUGUAUGCUCCUAAUGUGUUUACGCUUGAUGUUGAAAAGAUACUCUCUGGUGAUUUUGACUUUAGCUCAGCUAAUGGUGUGUUAGCUGUCACUGUCUAUUCAGCUACUGCCUUUGAAAACGUCGAUGAUCUCCUAGACGAUGAUCUCCCCAAUACAUAUAUUCGAUUUUACUUGGAUCAUGGACAAGAAUUGGAUCGAACAAGCGUAUACGAGCGCUCCUUUUCACCACAAUGGAACGAAACAAAGUUUUUGAUGCUAAACAGCUUAAAUUCACUCUUAUCUGUGGAAUUAAAGGCAUCACGUCCAGGCUUAAAGGAUAGAAGAUUGGGAACUGCCAACUUUGAUCUUUCUAAAUUAGAUAAUGAUAUGGAUACAGACCAGAAAGGAUUGACUUUGACGCUCUUACGAAACGGAAAGUUUGUUAGUGAUCUUUGCGUUGAUCUACGAUACUUGCCGAUUUCUAAACCGACAAAGCGCGCGGAUGGUACGAUGGAAGCAGCAUUAGAGUCCAAUUCGGGUGUGGCUCGUAUUGUGAUUCAUGAAUGUACCAAUUUGAUAUCCAAGGACCGUAUCAGCCCAUAUGUUCGAGUGAUCAUGAACGGAAAUGAAAAGAAGAGAACACAUGUAGUGAAAAGAAGCAACAGCCCUAGAUAUGAUGUUCCCUGUGAGGUUGUCAUCUUGGACAAGACGAACGUCUUUGUUCGUAUCGAAGUGAUGGAUGAAGAUCAAGUAUUAGGCAGCAUCGGUGGCCAGUUUGUAGAUUUGAUUCGUCUUCAGCAGAAUAAUGAUGGAUGGUGGGAUAUAACAAAUGGAGAACAAACUGUUGGACAAAUUCACUUGAGUGCUGAAUGGAAACCCAUGGUGACGACAGGCUUAUCUGAUAUUCUGGAUGGUCAUGAAUUUAACAAACCUGCUAUUGGUGUUAUACGCUUUACCAUCUGGGAAGCUCGUGACCUUCGCAAUGUCGAGCUAGUGACAAACGGUAAAAGUGAUCCUUACGUUCGUAUAUUGUCCGGAUUCCAAGUGCGUAAUCGUACCGAAGUCGUGGAUAACAACUUGAAUCCAGAAUGGGGCGAAACGUUGUAUGUCCCUGUUCAUUCCCUCAAGGAAAAUCUUGUGCUAGAAGCUAUGGACUGGAACGCACGAACAAGAGAUAAGUCACUGGGUAUGACAGAGUUUAAGGUAUCAGAGGUCAUUCAGCAGCAGAUAGGUGACCAAAGCGUUGAUCCCGAUGUCUGGUAUGAAUCAAACGGAAGAAAGAUUGAUAGAUGGGACAGAUUACAUUCUGCUGACAGACGAUCAUUUAAAGGCGAGCUACACUAUUCAGCUGAAUUCAUUCCGGUCAUCCAACUACCACAGAAAACAGAAUCAUUGCCACUUUGUACUCUGCGUGGGUCUUAUGUUAGAUACACGCCUGAUGAUUUGAUUGAUCUUGAUUCAUACAGCUCUGGUGUUUUGAAAAUUAAAAUUCACGAAGUUCAGCUUUCUUCUACUGCUUACUGCUACUGUCACGUGAUUGUGGAUGCUCUUAUGCCUCAAUAUAAAACAGCCAAACUUCGCGGUGAUAUACUCCGGUUUAACGAGAAUGCAGAUGCGUUUAUAAAGGAGAUUGACUUUUCCCGUAUUGCGAUUGAAAUCAAGCCAGCUUAUGUUGAUGAGAAAGAGAUUUACAAGUUGGGCCAUUGGAUAGACACAGGCUCAUCUAUUGUUCGCCGUAUCAUGAAACGCAAGCGUGCAGGAUAUAAAGAGGAUGAAGGAACCUGGUUUAACUUGAUGGGAACAGAUGGACCCGGUCGAAUUAAGCUUGGAUUUGAUUUUGUCCCACUCGAUGAUUUUGUGCUAAAUCCUGAUGAAAGUCUUGACAAUCAAGGUGUCUUAUCAGUGGACUUGUUAAGUGCUCGUGACUUGAUGGCAGUUGACAAGACGGGCACCAGCGACCCCUAUGUUGUGUUUACAGUCAAUGGUGAGAGGUUAUACAAGAGUGAUGUUAUCAAAAAGGCAUUGAAUCCCAAAUGGAGCCGUGCGAGGUUUACUGUUCCCAUUCAAUCAAGAGUAACAGCAAGUAUACGAAUUGAGGUAUUUGAUUGGAACCAUGUGAAGGGCCAUCGACCGAUUGGCUCAGGUGGAUUUACAUUAAGAGGUGAUGCUGUCGAGAGUUUUAAGGCUCGUCUAGUGGAUGUACCACUUGAUGGCGUAGAAGGUGUAUCAGGCAGUGUGCAAAUCAGAUUAACAUGGCAUCCUCAACUCUUGAUCAAUAAGAAGACACAGACAUCUGUCUUGGGAACCACUCGUACCUAUGCUCACGAUGAUGUCAAUCUGGAAGCAUCUGGACCACUUUUAAGAGAUGCUGAAUCAUCGCGUAUAUCUAGUGACAGCCAAAGGGAGUCCUAUGGUCGACCUUCCUUAGAGUCUGAUUCUCGCUUCAGUUUGGAUGAUUCAGUAUCUAUUGCACCUUCUUCCUUUAUUGACGAAGAUCAAGUCAGUGAUACGACAGGACGUGAUGGUACUGUCAUGAUUACGAUUUUAGAAGCAAGAGGACUAAGAGGCGUUGAUAAGAAUGGAACGAGUGAUCCUUUUGUUCGUGUACGACAUGGAAGAUCAGAUAUAUACAAGACGAGAUAUAUCUCCAAGACACUCGCACCAGAAUGGAAUGAGAAUUUUAGCUUUAAAGUAACAAGUGAACCCUUUGCAUUAGAUUUCAAAGUUAAGGAUCAUAAUCGACUUCGAUCAUCAGUGGACCUUGGACAGUAUAGAUGUAAUAUUUGGGACCUAAUUAAACCAGGUCGUGGACAGAAUGAAUGUAAACAAUGGUUACCUUUGUAUCCUACUGGCAGUGGCGAACUUUAUGUUCACAUACAAUUUACAGAAUAAAUGACCAUCUUUUUUUUUUUUGCAACUCGACAAGUUGACAAGUGUAACAAUUGAGGAGGGGGGAAAGUCAUCAACUUUGUGUGUCAUACUGAAU